UGGGAGCUUUCAGUUCUUACGUUCCUUCUGAACCAUUUUAUAAGUACCCAUUACCCAACUCACCAACUUCAUUCCCUCCUUCUUUACCUUCUCUCUCUCUCUCUCUCUCUCAAAAGUUCAGAAAAAUAUAAAAUAAAAUCUGAAAUUCUUUUUCCUUCUUCCUCUUCCUCUGUCUCUGAUUCUGUUUCGUAUUAUAUUUCUUCUUCUUAUUGUUUUGUUGGUGUUCUUUAAUCGUUUAAGUGUGUGAUCUGGAAAACGUCACGUCCUUUUGUUCAGAAUUGAGAUUCUUGACGUGCAUCGUGUAGAGAGCAAUCAAAGAAAGGCGUCAGACUUAUUUACUCGUGUGUAUAGUCUCUGAUUAGUUUAUUUAUAUAUAUAUAUAUAUAUAGCUUAAAAUUAGCCUCUACUUCAAAAACAAUUAAAGCCACACUUCGCCAACGCACGCGACCCACACGCGCACUUAGAAUUCUUGAGUUGAGAGAUUUGGUUUAGCGAUAGGGGGGGCUAAUGGGGAACUGUCAGGCGGCGGAGGCGGCGACGGUGGUGAUUCAACACCCCGGUAAUCAAAAGAUCGAGAGGAUUUAUUGGUCUGUAAGUGCACACGAGAUCAUGAACUCUAACCCUGGUCAUUACGUUGCUCUCCUUAUCACUUCCUCUACUUUGAAGUCCGAAAAUGGAACUCCCAUCAAACAGCUCAAGCUCCUCCGCCCUGACGACACGCUUCUCAUCGGACACGUCUAUCGCCUUAUCACUUUCGAAGAUGUACUGAAGGAGUUUGCUGCAAAGAAAUGUGUGAAAUUAGGAAAGUUGCUGAAAGAGGGAGGAGCGCUUUCGGUUGGGAUGAAGAUAAAGGGUUCAGAUUCUGGUUCAAAUCCGAACGCUAAUUCUAAAUCCCAAAAUUACAUGAAGUCUCAGCCGGAGCAGAAUGCCGAACACCGCCUCGAAAACAGUGACGCCGGAAGCAGCGGCGGUGGAAGAGGACAGAGAGGUAUGGGAAGGCAUUAUGGUGGUGGAAGUCAAUGGAGGCCAGCCUUACAGAGCAUUGCAGAAAUUGGAAUUAAUUGAAAAGGAAAAAAAGGGAAAGGGGAAAGGGAAAGGCAAUAUGAACAAAAAAAAAAAAAGAAAAAAAAAAAAAAAGGCCUUUCGCUUUCAUGAUCUUCAAUGAAUAAUUGGUAGAAGAAGUUAACGUCAAAAGCCCAAUCUUUAUCUUUUAUAUAUACGUUUCUUAUAUUUUUCUCUUUAUCAUUUAGAUACGUCUCUUUGUGUAUUUGCAGUAGUACUUUAUCACUUCUUUCUAUCUAAAUUUAAAUUAGUGUACGGAACACUUCAUUAGUUGAGAUGCUUUAGUUUUUUCCUUC